UUGCGCCUGCGCGUGAUUUUGAACGGAACGACUUUCCGUAGUUGUAGUAAACAUGGCGUCCGACAGCGACAGCGACGGAGAUUUUGUGACUUUUGGGACCCCAUUAGAACCGCUAGAAGAAGAUGAGCCUCUGAGGAAGCCUGUCCCGCUGCACGAGCAGACCGUGAAGGAUGAGAAGGGCCGCUACCAGAGGUUCCAUGGAGCCUUCACUGGGGGAUUCUCUGCUGGGUACUUCAACACCGUGGGCACCAAAGAAGGGUGGACUCCAGCAACCUUUGUUUCAUCCAGACAGCAGAAAGCAGGCAGACAGAAUGCCAGGCCAGAGGACUUCAUGGAUGAGGAGGAUCUGGGGGACCACGGCAUCGCCCCCAGACAAAUCACCACUACAGCUGACUUCGCCUCCGGCAGGAAGGAUGUGAUCAGGGACAAGGCCAGAGCCAUCACCUCUCUUUCAGCCCCUAUCCCAGGGGACACUGUCCUGGAAGACUUGGUGGCUCCAGCUAGGUCCUCCAUGGGGGUGGAGUUACUGAGGAAGAUGGGCUGGAAGGACGGCCAGGGGGUUGGGCCCAGGGUGAAGAGGAGGCUGUGUAAGCAGAGAGCAGAUUCUGCAACAAGGGCGUUCGGCUCGGCCUCGCCUCCCAACGGUUCAUCGGGAUCACAGGAUGAGGAGGACGGAGAGUUCGUCCCUGAGAACGUGACCUUCGCUCCUAAAGACGUGACUCCUAUAGACUUCACCCCUAAAGUGGACCUCCACGGCCUGGGCUACCGGGGUCUGAACCCCCUGGCGGCCCUGAGGGGGGGUCCGGGCGCGGGACACAUCAACCUGUUCACUAUGGACUCAGACAGGACCAACAGCCUGUUUGGAGAGGACAGGAAGGGACGAAGACGCAGAGGAGGAGUGGCGGGACAGGGGUUCGGUGUGGGUGCGAUGGAGGACGAUGACGAGGACAUCUACCACAGAGACAUCAUGUCUAACUACGACACGGUGCUGGGAGGGGAGGAGCCUGGCGACGGACUGUACGGAUGGACCGCCCCCCAGCAGUACAACAGGAAGAAGAAAGACCACAGUAAAGACGCUGCUUAUCUGGGUAAAAUCCUAGAAGGAUUCACCCUGGCCUCCGAUAAGCUGGAGACCAAAACAAUCUUCCCUCCUCCCAACCUGCCCAGAGACUUCCCUGCCCUGUCCACUACUUCCGUCCAGUGGUGGACCUGUCCAGCGUCAGCCCCAUGUCCUCCUCCCCCUGCCCCGUCUCCUCCCUGCCCCGUCCUCCCCCUGCCCGUCUCCCCCUGCCCGGUCUCCAGGCCCCAGCUCUUGUUUGACCUGCUGAAGGUUGAGGACAGAGAUUGUAGUCCAGUGUCUUGUAUUGUAGUCCUCAGUGUCCAGCUCAGGCCCCAGACAGCCUGUCCCCUGGGGAGGCCAGUGUCAGCCGUUGUGGCUGUUCGCCCCCACGCAGAGCAGCAGCAGCAGGAGGCUCUGAGUGUGUGGAGUGUCUUGCCCUACGGCGCAGAUUCCCAUGAUGGUUUCAUCCUCACAUCUAAACCGUCUCCUCAACUCUGUCCAGAUGCCCUGGAGUUGAGCUUGGACCCCACCAUGACAGAGUGGGAGAGAGGGAGAGAGAGGGACGAGUUUGUCCGUGCUGCUCUCCUCUACAAGCCCAGCAGCUCCUCUCUGUCUUGUCGCUUCACCAGAGGGAAACAGGAUGACGGUGUGGAGGCAGACACUGUGGAGGUGACACGCGAUCUGGAGAAUGAUGUGGAUGACAAGCAGGCAGCCGUGAAGAUGAAGAUGUUUGGAAAACUGACCAGAGACACGUUUGAAUGGCACCCUGACAAUCUGCUCUGCAAGAGGUUCAACAUACCUGACCCCUAUCCUGGGUCAGGGUUUGUGGGAAUGCCCAAAGUGAAGAGAGACAAGUUCUCUGUGUUUAACUUCCUGACUGUAUCAGAGAGUCCAACAGCUAGUGCUUCCCCCGCUCCACAAGGUGUGAAGCCCUCUGAGCCAGGGAAGAGGUCCAGGUGGGAUGUGUCUGGCCAGGCUGGGGACAAGGAGAGGAAGGGGAAGGAUCCGGUCAGUGAGUUCCUCAGUGUGGCUCGUAUUGAAGCCUCUGGGUCAGGACCAGAAGCCUCUACUACUGAUGGCCCUACAACGGAUCCUACUGUAGAGCCAGACACGGAGCAGAAAGAGGAAGAGGAGGAGGAGGAGGAGGAAGAGGAGGAGAGCAGGCCGUCUAUGGAUCUGUUCAAGGCCAUCUUCGCCAGUUCAUCAGACGAGAAGUCUUCCUCUUCUUCUGAAGGAGAGAGUGAGGAGGAGGAGGAGGAGAAAGAGGAAGGUGUUCGGAGCAAGGCUGGGACUGGGCCUCAGAUAUCUAACCAGUUGAAUGUCAACACAACCCAACCUGCUCCUCCUGUGUCAGCUACACCCAGCCAGCACCCAGACUUUGUGUUCAAAAUGCCCAGUGGUCCUGCUGUUGCCCCUCCCCCUCGGGACCAGGAAAUGGAAGAGGAGGAGUUUGGACCUCGGCUGCCUCCUCCUUCCUCUACAUUGACAGCAGAGCGCCGUCCGUCCCUGACUCCCUCUGCUAACGACGACAAACACAAGACUAAGUGUAAGGAGAAGCACAAAGCCAAGAAACACGGCAAGCACAAGAAGGACAAGAAGAAGAAGAAGAAGCACAAGAGGCACAAGCACAAAGCCAAGCAGAAGAAGAGCAGUAAGAAGGAGGAGGAGUCAUCAGACAGCAGCUCAGAGGGGAGUGACGGGAACAGCCAGGAGGACGGAGAGGAGGGGGGAGGGGCAUCAACAGAAGAGCUGCUCAGAAGGUUGAAGAGCAUCCGUGGGGAGAAGCUGCAGUGAAUCUGUGAUCCGACAGACAACAGGAUGUCCUCUAUGAGGACAGAUAUCUGGAGUCAGGAGCCAUUCUGUAUGAAUUCCAGCCCUGUAGUUAUGCUGAUGAAAGAGGGUCUUACUUUACAUUUUAAAUUGUAAUUCUCAUGGGAUGUGAGUUUUUUUUUUUUGCUGAUCGAUGUCUCGGGCUGAUAUGUGGAGAGGUCUUGAAUUGUUGCUAUCGUCUGUUAAUCAAUAAAAAUGUGAGAUUUUGUUGUUGUAA